AUGACUCUUUACUCGGACCCUCCCCCGUUGCGUGCCUUCAGCGCCGACAAGCCGACCUUGUUGGUAUGUUGGUGGAUGACCAUGUUCUGCGUCGUCUUGAUCCUGCUGCGCGUGUGUGGCCGCUUCGUCCGGACCGAGACGCUGUUCAGUGAGGACAAGACGGCCGCUCUAGCUUUGGUGCCCUUGUUACUGCGCAUGGGUUGCGUCCACUUCAUCUUGGUUAACGGGACAAAUAAUGCCGACUUUUCGUCUGUUCGGCUCUCGGAGGAGCAAAUGAAUAGAAAGGCAGUAGCGAGUGGCCUGGUGCUGCUCAGCAGGGUGCUUUAUGCGUUGACGCUAUGGAUCCUCAAAUACGCCAUCCUGCAAUUCUUCAAACGGCUCAACGUCAGCUGGGAGCGCUCCUACGAAUUAACGCUUUCCUUCAUCAAAGUCACCCUCGUCACCACCUUCAUCGCCGUCAUCGUCUCCGACGUCGUCGAAUGCCGGCCCUUCCGCAUGUACUCGCAAGUUCUUCCGGACCCUGGGGGUCAAUGCCGCCAAGGCUACGUCCAACUCCUCACCAUGGCCAUCUGCAAUAUCGUUACCGACCUCCUCCUCGUUUUCUUUCCCAUUCCCAUGAUCAUCCGCUCCCAAAUGAGCCUGACCCGCAAGUUCCAGCUGGUCCUGCUCUUCUCCCUCUCCCUCGGCGUCGUCGGCGUCACCGUCUACCGCGUCCCGCACAUUAUCCGCGCCCAGGGCUCCCAACAAUCCCGCUCUCUAUACGCCUCCAUCGAACUGCUAUUUGCCACCGCCGCUUCCAACGCCCUCGUGCUCGGCUCCUUUGUUCGCGACCGCGGUGUCAAAAAGCGCAAGUACAAAUACAGCUCCAUCGCCGCCGGUUCUCUCGAGCGCUCCCCCGGCUCGGGUCCCGGCGGAGCCGCCCCCAACGGUGGCCGUCGCCCUACCCUGCGUCACUGGGGUUCCGACGAGGAUCUAGUCCGCGACGUCGGCUACGGCGUCAAGCCCGAUUUGCGCGAACGGCUGAUCCCCUAUUCGGAUGAGAUCGGCAGUGGCGGCGGCUACUACACCCCUGCCCCCAUGGCCCAGAUUCACCACCACCACCACGACAACAACGAUACCAUCCACUCGUGGGAUUUCCCACCCUCUUCUUCAUCGCAGGCUCGCUCCACCGCCCGCAGUGAUGACUACCUGAUGUCCUUCUCAGGCCACUCAAGCCAACCGGGCUCUCCCCGCAACACUACCCCCAACGGCCUCCCCACCCUCUCUUCCCCCCGCCGCGUCUCCUUCUUCGACUACGGCGGCCUCCUCUCCGACGAACCCACGCGCGGUCGCCGAGAAUCCUCCGUUUCCACCACUACCGUCGAGCCACCGCGCCCCCACACCGUUCCUGUACCCGCCGUGCCCGCCAGUGCUAGUGGCUUGCGUCGAGGAUCGGCUGCCUUGCUACAAGAUCUAGGAGGGUUUUUAUCUCCCUGGACGUUGUCAGCUGUGCCGAAAUCGGCUCGCAGAAGGAGUUGGAGUAAGGGACGCGGAAGGGGAGGGGGAGGAGGGAGGCCCAAGAGUACGAGUGAUUUGGAGAGUAUACCGCAGAUGCAAGGGGAGGAGCAUGAGCAUGAGCAUGAUGAUGAUGAUGAGCUACCGACGUAUUCGUCAGAAGAGGAGAGAAGAAGGUUGAGGUUGUUGGGGCACCAAGAAGGACAGGGACAGGGACAGGGACACGACUUGGAGUUGGUGGAUGCUGGUGGGUUGUUGAAGGAACCGCCGGUGGAAGGACCGCCAAAGAGGAGUACGACGCAAUAACAUAAGGCCUU